UGUGAGUCCAGUUUCUACCGAAACACUCACCUCAUUGUCCAUAAAGCCAGUCACGAGGGAUUAAAGCCAUUUGCGUGCGACUGGCCGUCCUGUGGACAGGUAUUCAGGAGUAAUUCAAAUCUGAAACACCACUGUCUGAUCCACACCAAUGAGAAGCCCUACAAAUGCGAGUGGCCGGGAUGUGAAGCGGUGUUUCGAUCGGCGUCGUCGCGAAUACGGCAUAAAGUGGUUCACAGGGCAACGGCUGACUUCACCUGUCAUUGGGACGGCUGUGGAAAGAGUUUCAAAUUCAAAGGCAAUGCAAUAUUUGUAAUGCCAAGUGUUGUGCAGUUGUGGGCCAUGGUAUGGGAUGGUGGACAGUGGACAGUGGACAGUGGGUUAUGGUUUUAUUGGGGUGGGAAAGGCACACAUCUGGCACUAGACACGAUCUAU